AUGCUGCUGGUUCUGGUCAUCAUCAUCCCCCUGCUUGCCCUGCCCCCCCCAGCCGAGGGCCAUUAUGAGAUGUUGGGGACCUGCCGGAUGAUCUGCGACCCUUACACCGGGCACCCCCCCAGCCCCGCCGGGGAGGCUCUGCAGGAUCUGAGCGGGGCCCCUCCACCCUUCAUCCAGGGGCCCCGCGGGGAGCCGGGACGGCCAGGGAAGCCGGGAGUGCGGGGCCCCCCGGGAGAGCCGGGACCUCCAGGAGCUAGGGGCCCCCCGGGAGAGAAGGGGGAGCCGGGCAGGGUGGGGGGGUCGGUGCCCCUCCAGGCUCCCCGCAUCGCCUUCUAUGUCGGCCUGAAGAGCCCCCAUGAGGGCUACGAACUGCUGAAAUUCGACGACGUUGUCACCAACCUGGGCAACCACUACGACCCGACCACCGGGAAAUUCACGUGUCAGGUGCCCGGGAUCUACUACUUCACCUACCACAUCCUGAUGAGGGGGGGCGACGGCACCAGCAUGUGGGCGGACCUCUGCAAGAACGGCCAGGUGCGGGCCAGCGCCAUCGCUCAGGACGCCGAUCAGAACUACGACUACGCCAGCAACAGCGUGGUGCUUCACCUGGACUCCGGGGACGAGAUUUACGUCAAGCUGGACGGGGGGAAGGCGCACGGAGGAAACAACAACAAGUACAGCACGUUCUCCGGAUUCAUCCUAUACCCGGACUAG